AUGGCAUCCCAGUAUAAACCUCCUACAGUAUUCUAUAAUGGACCGUUCAAAAAUAAUCAUACUGUACAGUCAUCAUCCUAUGAUAUGCAAACAAUGGAUCAAACAAUGACAAAUAAUUCCUAUGUAGCUCCAUCAUCAUUGGGAUCAGCAAAUCCACUGCUUCAAUUGUCGUUAGCAUCACAACAUCAGCACCAACAACAACAUAUGAAUACAUACUUUGAUCAAUCACAAGCAAAAAAAAAGAAAUUUAGAAAUCAACCUUCAGUUCAUACCGCAUAUACCGAUCAGUCAUUUCCAUUAUACAAUUCAAAAACUAAUCAUUCUACUGGCAAAAAUCGGCAUGGCGCAACUACGGAUGAUGCACGUCAAAAUAAAAUGGCCAAUGAAGAAAAUGAAACUAAAAGCGAUUGGGUUGAAUGGCUUUCUCAACCAUUGUGUCUAGGGUUAACACGUUGUAGUGGUGCCAUUUUAUUUGGAGCGAUGGGAUUUCUUGCCUGUGGAUCACUAGCUGGUCUUAUUGCAUCGAUUGUUUUAUAUUCUCAAGAUAGUAACGCGAAUAGUCAAUGGAAACUUUUGGGUAUGGUUAUUUGUUCUAUAAUGUUAAUAACAAUCAUUGCUACAUUGCUUAUAUUUAUCUGCUGUUAUAAACAUGGCUUUAUGAUUAAUGUUGACGAUGAAGAUGAUCCGAUAGAUUUAUUCAGAAAAUCAGAUGGCAAACAAUAUGAACGACAGCAGGAUACUUUGAGAAAUUAUAAAUUUAAUCCUGGUAAUGAUUCAACACCGAUGCCAUCUAAUAUACUUCAAGAUGUUUCAACACCCAAAUUACUUCAUACACUAACUAUUCAAGUCAAUGAUAAACAAACAAACACAGAAACAACAAUUUCACAAAUACGUCCAAAAGAUUUCAAUCAUGGCGUAUGGCCAUUAAAGAAUGCAUAUGGUGGUGUAUCGUAUCGUCCGCCUGUUCCGCCAAAGAUGGCUUCUAGAUACAUUCAAGCAGUACCACAUGAAAUUGACGAAACACUUGAACCCCCACAAAUUACUUAUCAAAUUGUCGCUCCGGCAUCAGCAAUUCCAUCAAAAAACAUUCUACCACGAAUGAUUCAAACAUCUGAUGACGACGAAUCUGCUAUUGAAACAACACGAAAACAACAACCAAAUGUUGUUCGAGAAGCACAAAAACACAACAUUGUUGUACAACGAAAAAAUCGUAUUGAAUAUGUUCAUGGUGCACAACCAGAAACAAAUCGUCUUCAGUAUGAUGAUACUGACGAAGAAGAAUCACAGCAUAUCCAUAAGGCUGUAACUAAUGGAAAACGACAACAACAACCACAGCAACAUAUCGAAUAUUUUGAUACUGACGAAGAAGAAACAAAUCAUCAAGAGCAAAUUGAUGUUAAACACAAACAACCGCAUCGUAUCGAAUAUGUUGAUACAAAGGAAGAACGGCCACAUCGAAUCGCUAAACAACCUCAAUAUGACGUUGUAGAAGAUGUUAUUGAAAGAGCAAGAUCAUCAUCAAUAGACGAUAUUGAUGAUGCCUCAAAAGAGGACAGAAAACGUGGAAGAAAAAAACAUAAAAAGCACGGUGUUGGAAAAAAAGUUACCGUUAAACAUAUAAAAGCCAACAAAUAA